UCCAACACGACAAAUAUUUCUUCAACAGCCGCGGUUAGCCGCCGAUUCACUAACGCUCUCAGCAUUUGGACUUUACACAUUUUCACACAACCACACUUUACGCUUUGAGAUCUGCUAAAGCUUAGCGGUGGGUCGCUAACUUCCGGGUGUCUUUGUUCGCAGCGACAAGCUUCGCUAGCCGAAAACGGUUCAGAACAUUAUUUCAGCCUAACUGCCGUUUCCUCUCGGACGCAUUUCACUGCAGCACAGUGCAACCAAUUUUUCGCUGACCGCUAAAAUUCUUGUUGGGUGUAGCUUUCUUACGCUUUGGAGUGUCUGGCAUCCAAAAAAGUGACGUCAAUGAAGACGCUUUCAGGCGCAUGCGCACACCAACCGUCACCUUUGUAAAUGUAUUCCGGGUAGCCUUCGGAGCUUCUCGGGCUAGCUUAGCUUGCUAACAAAGACUCCCGGAAGUUAGCAACACGUCGCUAAGCAGACAUAAUCGAUUGAGGCGAUUGUGUGAACAAUAUGUGAUGUACACCGACUCAGACGUCGGUGUCCGACAUCGUCCCCCUCGAGCAGCAGAAUUGGAACUCCAGGAUGGAGCAGGAGGAACCGCAGCCCGCACACGUUAAAGAGGAAGAACAUGAGCCACAAUCCCCCAGAAUGAAAGAGGAAGAAGAGUGGCUGCAGCUUAUCUACCUUAAAGAGGAAGGGGAGGAUCACAGUAUCAGUCAGGGGGGAGACCAUCUUGAAGGACCGGAGGAGUUCAAAGUGGUCGGUGUCACUGUGAAGAGCGAAGAUGAUGAAGUUGAAAGUGAGGAGAAGAUAGAGGCAGAGCAGACUCAACACGGGACAUCAGAAGACGAAGGAGACAGCUGCGGAGAAUCACGAGCACUCUUAGCUCCGCUAUCAGACAGCGACGACACGACGUUACAUCCUCCUGACACAUGUGAUGAUGACUCUGAAGCUGAUAAGACGUGUCACGCCGACAACACGUGCUGGAAAUGCUCUCAAUGUGACAAAACUUUUCUGAAGAAGGGAAAUCUGACAAAGCACAUGAGACGGCACACGGGAGAGAAACCUUUCAACUGCUCGAUUUGUGGUAAAAGAUUCUCCCGGCAGUCAUAUUUGAAAGUGCACGCGAAAAGACACACCAGAGAGAAACCAUUUUCCUGCUCUGUAUGUGGGAAGGGCUUCAUUGACAAGUCACAUUUGAAAACACACACAAUGGUACACACUGGAGAGAAACCUUUUCCUUGCAUGCGGUGCGGGAAAAGAUUCUCUCAAAAAGGCAGAUUAAAAAAACACACAGAUCUGCACACCGAAGAGAAACCUUUUCUUUGCUCGGUGUGCGGCAAAAGGUACAUUUCUAAGUCGCACUUGGAACUACACACAAGGGUACACACUGGAGAGAAACCGUUUCCAUGUACAGUGUGUGGCACAACAUUCCUGAAUAAAAGUUACUUAAUCCGACACACAAGAAUACACACCAGUAAGAAAUCUUUCACCUGCUCAGUGUGCGAUAAAGGUUUCUCCCAGCGGUCGUAUUUGAAAGUGCACACGAAAAUACACACUGGAGAGAAACCUUUCACCUGCUCGGUGUGCGAUAAAGGAUUCUAUCACAAAGCAGAUUUAAAAAGACACAUGAGAAUACACACAGAAGAAAACCCAUUUUCCUGCGCAGUUUGUGGCAAAGGCUUCAUCGAUGAAUCGCAUUUAAAAAUACACACAAGGAUACACACUGGCGAGAAACCCUUUCCUUGCACAGUGUGUGGUAAAAGAUUCUCUCAAAAAGGUAAAUUAAAAAUACACACGAUACUGCACACUGAAGAAAAACCUUUUCUUUGCUCAAUUUGUGGUAAAGGAUUUCUAUAUAAGUCCCAUUUGGAACUCCACACCAGAAUACACACCGGAGAGAAACCUUUUCCGUGUGCAGUCUGUGGCACAGCAUUCUCGAGAAAAAGUUACUUAGUCAGACACACAAGAAUACACCUUGGAGAGAAACCCUUUUCCUGCUCGGUUUGCGGUAAAGAAUUUGCAAAGAAGUCACAUUUGGUUGUGCACACAAGAAUACACACUGGAGAGAAACCUUGUCCUUGCUUGGUGUGUGGUAAAAGGUUCUCCAAAAAAAGCGACUUGGACAGACACACGCGAACGCACACCGGAGAGAAACCGUUUCCUUGUACAGUAUGCGGCACAACAUUCUCAAGGAAAAGUUAUUUAAUCAGACACACAAGAACACACACUGGAGAGAAACCUUUUCCUUGCUUGGUGUGUGGUAAAAGUUUCUCCAAACAAAGUCAUUUAGACAGACACACAAGAGCACACAUUGAAGAGAAACCCACCCACUGUUCAGGUUGAGGUGAGGGGUGAAAUGGAAAGUCACCAUUUAAAAGAGCAACCAAGAAAGGGAAACAUUUUGUUUGUAUGAUGUGUGGCAAAGGAUUCUGUAAA